GGAGUCCUGAGGCUUGGCAAUCGGUAAGUUUUCAGAGCGGCAGCAGCAGCAGCCUUGGAGAAGACCAGCAAAGAGAGUGGACUGUGUAUGUGAACUUGAUUCUAUAUUUUCUUGUGGGGAGGGUUAAUGGAUUUUUUGGUACAAAGAAAGCUAAAACUCAGCUGACCUGAAAGACUGGAAUUUCAGCUCUCUUUCCUUCCCUGGGUUGUUUUUCCUCCCGCUUCCUCUCAAAGCCCUUUAAACCAGAGAUUACUGGGUCAGUGACUCUUAUCCCGCCCGCCCGGGCCAAGGGUUUCUAGCUUUUUUGGCUUGGAAAGGAAAACCACUACCUGAUUAGCAAAGCCACGGGGCAGCACCUUAAUCUAGCUGGCGUUGUCAGAAGUGAUCAGCGAGUUUUAUUAAAGUCCACGGAUUGCCUGAAAGGCCUCCUUGUCCGAGUUUGAAAAGAAAGGGGCAUGUUGUCAGGAUCCCUUGUCCUGCCCUUUGGACUUUGAGGUGACAUCCCUAGAGGAAGCACAGAAACCCUCCUGCGUUGCACGGGUUCAUUGCUGGACAGCUACGCGUGGCCAGCCCUCGCCAGCAUGCACUCUCCGCUUUGGGGUGGACCAUCCAUCCCGCUGAUGCUGCUUCUGUUGGGCUGGGCCAGCCCCACCUUCAUCAGCAUCAACCGUGGUGUCACUGUGAUAAAAGGCAGUUCCGCUUUCCUGUCCGGAGAGGACCUGAAGUUUGCCAUUCCCAAAGAGAAAGAUGCUUGCAAGGUGGAAGUGGUGAUGAAUGAGCCCAUAACGCAAAGGGUUGGCACACUCACUCCACAGGUAUUUGACUGCCAUUUCCUUCCCAAUGAAGUAAAGUAUGUUCACAAUGGUUGCCCAAUUCUUGAUGAAGACACCGUGAAACUUAGACUUUACAGAUUUACUGAGACAGACACCUUCAUAGAAACCUUUAUCCUCAGGGUCUACCUCCUGGAACCAGACUGUAACAUCAUCCAUCUGAGUAACAAUGUAUUGGAGGUGUCUGAAUUCUAUGGACUGUCCCGUGCCAUCGAUAAGAACCUGCUCAGAUUUGAUUAUGAUAGGACAGCCAGCCUGGAAUGCACAGUCAGCCUGGACCCUGUGGGAACUCGGCUGCCAGCCCAUGGCCAGAUCGUUCUGGUGGAGCCUCAGCCAGAAGAACCUCGUGGAGAUCAGCCACAUAGUUUUUUUCCUGAGCCUCAACUGGGGAAAGAACUGAAGUGUCCAGAUGGAAGCUGUACCCUGGGGCUGAAGAAAAUAGGAAGUCUCAAAGUGAGCUGUGAGGAGUUCCUGCUGAUGGGGCUUCGUUAUCAACAUAAGAGUCCUCCUUCUCCCAAUGUUGACUAUGUCUCUAUCCGACUGGACCUCACAGACAGCAGAAGUAAAAUCAUAUACAAGUCAGAAAGCACGUGGUUGCCUGUCUACAUCAGAGCUGGCAUUCCUAAUCAGAUUCCAAAGGCUGCAUUCAUGGCCAUGUUUAUUCUGGAAGUAGAUCAGUUUAUCCUGACCUCUUUGACAACCUCAGUUCUGGACUGUGAAGUGGAUGAGACCCCCAAACCGCUGUUGGUGUUCAACAUCACCAAACCCCCGCUCCAAGGCUACGUGACUCACUUGUUGGAUCACACCAGACCAAUCUCCUCAUUCACCUGGCAAGAUCUAAGUGACAUGCAGAUCGCCUACCAGCCACCAAACAGCAGCCACUCUGAGAGGAGACAUUAUGAGGUGGAGCUGGAGGUGUAUGACUUCUUCUUUGAAAGGAGCGCCCCUAUCAUGGUCCACAUCUCCAUCAGGACAGCCGAUACAGAUGCCCCUCGGGUGUCCUGGAACACAGGUCUGAAUCUACUGGAGGGACAGUCUCGACCCAUCACUUGGGAGCACUUCCAGAUUGUUGACAACGAUAACAUCCAUGCAGUCCAGUUAGUCGCUAUAGACGGUCUGCAGCAUGGACGGCUUACACUGGGAGGGGGGAAAGGAUUUCUCUUCACUGUGGCUGACCUUCAGGCUGGCGUUAUUCGCUAUCAUCAUGAUGACAGUGACUCCAGCAAAGAUUUUGUGGUCUUCAGGAUAUUUGACGGCCGUCACAGCAUCCGCCAUAAGUUUCCCAUCAAUAUAUUGCCCAAAGAUGACAGUCCCCCAUUCCUUAUAACCAACGUUGUGAUUGAACUUGAGGAGGGGCAGACCAUACUGAUUCAGGGAUCCAUGCUGAGCGCUUCAGACAUGGACUCCAGUGAUGACUACAUCUACUUUAACAUUACAAAACCUCCACAGGCUGGAGAGAUCACAAAGAAGCCAGGUCCAGGCCUGAUAGACUAUCCUGUCGUUGGCUUCCUUCAGAGGGAUCUAUUUAAUGGCAUCAUUUACUAUCGUCACUUCGGUGGAGAAAUCUUUGAAGAUUCUUUUGAGUUUGUCUUAUGGGAUAGUCAUGAGCCUCCAAAUCUCUCAGCACCACAGGUGGUAACAAUCCAUAUCAUUCCAGUGAAUGACCAGCUUCCAAAAGAGGCUCCUGGAGUUUCUCGACAUUUGGUUGUCAAGGAAACUGAGGUGGCCUACAUAACUAAGAAACACUUACAUUUUAUAGAUCCAGAAUCAUAUGGUGGGGAGCUGCUCUACACAAUAACAACACCUCCAUUUUUCAAUUCCAGUCACAGACACUUGGAUGCUGGGAAAUUAUUCAUGGUGGACAGCAUACCAAAACUAACCAAAAAUCCUGCAGCUGUAGGGCUGACAUCAUUCACUCAGGAUACUGUAAACUAUAUGAAAGUGGCCUACAUGCCUCCCAUGGAAGAUAUAGGCCCCCAUCUACGGCAUGUUCAGUUCACAUUUUCCAUCACUAACCAGCAUGGUGGUACUUUGCAUGGAAUCUGUUUCAACAUUGUGAUUCUCCCAGUAGACAAUCAAAUUCCUGAGGUAUACACCAGUCCUCUGAGCGUGUUUGAGGGAGGUCAAAGUGUCAUCAGCACAGAGCAUGUUCUGGUUUCUGAUGUGGAUACCAAACUGGACAACAUUCGCCUCUCCCUUCAGAGACUGCCUCCACACGGAAGGGUGGAGCUGAAUGGGUUUCCUCUAAACACAGGGGACAUGUUUCCUUGGGGAGAGCUUCAUACCUUAAAAGUUAGGUAUCAGCAUGACGGAUCUGAAGAACUUCAGGAUGACAUAUUCUUGGAGGUUACAGAUGGCACAAAUUCAGCAGAAUGUGUUCUACACAUUGAGGUAGUCCCUGUAAAUGAUGAGCCACCAGUCCUAAAGGCUGACCUCAUCCCCAUGAUGCAUUGCUUAGAAGGCGAAGAGGUAGUCAUCUCUUCUGAAUAUAUUUUUGCUACUGAUGUGGACAGUGAUGACUUGAAACUGAUGUUUAUGAUCGUUCGAGAACCUCAGCAUGGGGUAUUGAGGAAAGAUGGUGUCCCAGUGGAUCAAUUUUCUCAAGGCGAUGUCAUCUCAGGGAUGGUGACAUACAGGCACACAGGUGAUGAGAUUGGCACAGAACCUUGUUUUGACACCAUUACGUUGGUGGUUUCGGAUGGAGAAGCUGGCCCUUUUGUGAAUGACUGUUGCUACAAUGGACCUCUUCCGACUGUUCCUCUUCGUGAGCCCUUUCCAGUGUAUGAUCUCAACAUCACAGUACAUCCAGUGGACAACCAACCACCUUCAAUCACAAUAGGUAGCUUGUUCGUUGUAGAGGAGGGUUUCUCAGCAGCCCUCACCAUUGGCCAUUUGUCUGCCACUGAUCCUGACACUGCAGCAGAUGACUUGGAAUUUGUUUUGGCUUCACCUCCUCAGUUUGGUUACAUGGAAAACAUACUCCCUUCUGCAGGUUUUGAAAAAAGCAAUAUGGGCAUCAGUAUAGGCUCAUUUAAGUGGAAAGACAUGAAGGCUUUGCAUAUUAACUAUGUGCAGUCUAGGCAUCUGCGGAUGGAACCAACUGCUGACCAGUUCAUGAUAUAUGUCACAGAUGGGAAGCGACGGUCCUUGGAGAUACCAUUUUAUGUUAUAAUCAAACCCACGAAUGAUGAAGUUCCUGAUUUUGUAGUGCAGAAUAUUACUGUGUGUGAGGGUGGGAUGAAAGAACUGGAUUCUUCCACCAUCAAAGCUUCUGACCAGGACAUUCCCAAGGAUCCCUUGCUUUUCAGCAUCACACAUAAACCUCGUCAUGGCUUCCUCAUCAAUGGGUUGGUUAGCAAAAACUCUCCUCUGUAUCAACAACCAGACAAUCCCAACCAUAAGCAAGAACUUGUUCACCACUUUUCCAUGGACCUUUUCAAGAAUGGGAUCAGGUUGAUGUAUGUGCAUGAUGACUCAGAAAACCUUGCUGAUGAUUUUACAAUCCAGUUGUCAGAUGGGAAACAUGAGAUUCUUAAAACAAUUUCAGUAGAAGUCACCCCAGUUAAUGAUGAGAAACCAAUGCUGAGCAAGAAGGCUGAGCUGAUAGUAAGUAUGGGCGAAACUCGUAUUAUUUCUAGUGCUGUUCUUUCAGCCAAAGAUGAAGACUCACCCAGGGAGAAGAUUUAUUAUUUAUUUGAAAGGCUUCCCCAAAAUGGGCAACUUCAGCUUAAGAUAGGGAGGAACUGGUCUCCUCUCCACCCUGGCAUGAAGUGCACCCAGGAGCAAGUGGACUUGAACUUGCUGAGAUAUGCUCACACUGGGGCCAUGGAUUCCCAGAACCAAGACAGCUUCACCUUCUACCUCUGGGAUGGCAUCAACAGGUCACCUGUAUUUGACUGCCACAUUACUAUCAGGAACAUGGAAAAAGGUGACAUUGUUAUCCUUGCAAGACCACUCGUGGUAUCUAAAGGCAACAGAGGGUUCCUGUCAACUGCUACUCUUCUUGCUGUGGAUGGAACAGACAAGCCUGAAGAAUUGCUCUUCAUCAUCACCUCCUCCCCACGAUAUGGCCAGGUUGAAUAUGCCCGCUAUCCUGGAGUUCCCAUCACCAGUUUCAGCCAAAUGGACAUAGCAGGACAGACAGUGUGCUAUGUACAUAUGGGCGAGGCGGCUGUCCCCAGGGACACAUUCAGAUUCAUCGUCAGCAAUGGACUGCAGACCAAGCAGGGGGUGUUUGAGGUCACAGUGGAGACUGUGGACAGAGCCUUACCUGUGGUGACCAAGAACAAGGGGCUGCGAGUGGCAGGAGGGGGCACGGGCCUGCUUUCCCCUGACCUCCUUCAGCUGAUAGAUCCUGACACAGAUGCAGAAAACCUCACUUUCCUUGUGAGCCAGCUCCCCCGAUACGGCCAACUCUACCUGAGGGGGACGAUACGACUUCAACACAACUUUACUCAGCAAGAUGUGGACAGCAAGAAUGUGGCCUAUAGGCACUUGGGAGGGGAUUCCCAGGUUGACCAGUUCACUUUUGUGGCCACGGACAGGACAAACCAAGGCUUUAUUGUGGAUGGGAAAGUGUGGCAAGAUCCUGUAUCAUUCACCAUCCAGGUGGACCAGGUGGACAAAACAGCCCCUCACAUCAUGCACUUGCACCCCCCUUCUCAAGUGGGGCUCCUGAAAAAUGGCUGUUAUGGGAUUUAUAUUACUUCCCGGGUGUUGAAGGCAUCGGAUCCUGACACUGAUGACGAGCAGAUAAUUUUUAAGAUUUUACAAGCACCCCGACACGGACAUCUGAAAAACACAACCACAGGUGAAGUUAUCCAUGAGAAAUUUAGUCAGAAGGACUUAAACAGUAAGACUAUUCUUUACAUCAUAAACCCAUCUUUGGAAGUAAAUUCAGAUAUCAUGGAAUUUCAAAUCAUGGACCCAACAGGGAACUCUGCAACUCCUCAACUUUUGGAAUUGAAGUGGUCUCACAUUGAAUGGUCGCAGACUGAAUAUGAGGUUUGUGAAAAUGCAGGCUUAUUGCCUUUGGAAAUUACCAGAAAAGGAUAUUCCAUUGACUCAGCUUUUGUGAGUGUAAAGGUCAACCAAGUGUCAGCUGCAGUUGGAAAAGAUUUUACCUUAACUCCAUCUAAACUGGUUCAGUUUGACCCAGGAAUGUCAACUAAGAUGUGGAAUAUAGCAAUUACCUAUGACGGAUUAGAGGAAGAUGAUGAGGUCUUUGAAGUAAUUCUGAACUCCCCUGUGAAUGCGGUUCUUGGCACAAAGACAAAAGCUGCAGUGAAAAUUUUGGACUCAAAAGGAGGACAGUGCCAUCCUUCAUACUCAUUCAGCCCAAACAAGCACAAGAAGGACAUUUGGCACCCGCUGUCCCCAGGGUCUUCCUCUCUCACCACUUCUGGUUCCUUUCAUCUGGAAAGAAGACCUCCUCCUCCUUCAAAGCAGCUAGCCAUUUCCAAGGGAGACACCCUUCAGGGCUUGGAGUCUACACAUAUUUCUGGAAUGAGGCUUAGGACCCAAAGGAAUGGCAGAAGAGUUCAUCCUUCCUCUGUUUAUAGAAAUGGAACAGACAUUAUUUAUAAUUAUCAUGGAAUGGUGUCCCUGAAACUGGAAGAUGACAGUGACCUAACUCACAAAAGGAAGGCCCAAGUAUCCAUUAUUAAUCAGCCACAAAGGACAUUCAAAGUGGCAGAACUGCCUCAAGCAGAUAAGAUGGAAUCCACAACUGAUUCACACUUCCCCAGACAGGACUGGCUGCCAUCAUUUCCAAAAAACUGCACGCUGGAACUAAAUGGACUCUUCCAUUUUGAAGAAAGCUUCCAAAAGCUGUAUCAGUGCAAUGGGAUUGCCUGGAAAGCUUGGAGUCCCCAAACCAAGGAGGUGGAAGACAAAUCCUGCCCAGCUGGGUGGCACCAUCACUCAGGAUACUGCCACGCCUUGAUCACAGAGCACAAAGUCACCUGGGACAUAGCGGCCAGAGCAUGCAGGGAAAAACACCUGGGCAGCCUCGUGACGGUCCUCUCCAAGCGACACAUGCGAUGGCUCUGGGACAUCAGUGGAAGGAGGCCUUUCUGGAUAGGUUUGAAUGACCAAGUGCAUGCUGGCCUCUGGGAAUGGAUUGGCGGUGAACCUAUCACCUUCACCAGCUGGAGGAGAGGUCCCCCUCGACGGCCAAAGCCUGGCAGGAACUGUGUUUUGGUUCAAAGACAAGGGAAAUGGCAAACCAAGGACUGUAGAAAGAGCAAACCUCACAAUUACAUGUGUUCCAGAAAACUCUAA